GACCGAACCCGGGCUGGGCGGCGGCGAGACAGCCCGGCCCUUGGAGAAGCCAAGAUGCCGAUUCGGGGCAAGAGCAAAAGGAAAGGCAAGAGCAAAGACAAAGACAAGCUUCUGAAGAAGAAGUCAACAAAAACUGAGGAAACUGCAGUGGAAAGAGCCAAGGCCAAUGCUACCCUUUGGGAGGCCAGGCUGGAAAUCACAGAGCUCUCUAGGAUUGAGUAUCGUGAUACUUCCCUGAGACUUGCGAAAACUAAUGAGGACUUAAAGAAACAGCAGUAUAAAAUGGAGAAAGACACAAUGUCCGUAUUAAGCUACCUGAAGAAGCAGGACCAGGAGAAAGAUAAUAUGAUUGAAAAACUAAAACAGCAAUUGAAUGAAACAAAGGAAAAAGCCCAAGAGGAGAAGGAAAAAUUGGAACAAAAGUAUAUUGGGCAAAUAAAUGAGCUGGAGGGACGUUUCUAUCAGAAAUCCAAAGAAAUUGGCAUGAUUCAGACAGAGCUAAAAACAAUAAAACAAUUCCAAAAACGAAAAAUCCAAGUGGAGAAAGAAUUAGAUGAUCUGAAGGAGAAUCUAAGGAACACGGAGCGGAAACAUCAAGAGACGCUUAGAAAAUUGGAAAGCAGGUUUUUUAAAGAAAAGCACCGACUAGAACAGGAAGCUGAAAAGAAGGUAAUAAUGCUGGCAGAGAGAGCCCAUCAUGAAGCUGUUGUGCAAUUGAACAGUGCUGGAAGAGCUGUUUUUAAAGAGAAUGUUUCUCUCCAGAAAGCUCUUGAGUACCACCUGAAGGAAGCUGAUGCUCUACAAAAAGAAUCUGCGAAGUUGCUAGAGUCCAGAACUUCCCUUUUAUAUCAAAAGGAAAUCAACGAUCUGUUGGUUAAGGAAAAGGUUAUGCAACUUACCCAGCAGAGGUCACAAAUCCAAAAUCUUCAGAAGAAGGUGGUAAGCUUGGAGACUGCCCUGAGUUGUCUGACUAGAGAGUUUGAGACUGAAGUUCUAAAACAGAAGCAGCAGGCAAUGGUAAAUAACCAAAGUGAUCAGGUUGAAAUUUACAAACUGAAGAACCUGCUUCAGAAGAAGAACAGGGAAAUGAAUAGAGUGAAGAAACUGGCCAAGAACAUACUAGAUGAGAGAACAGAAGUGGAAAGGUUCUUUUUGGAUGCUCUACACCAAGUGAAGCAAGAGAUUGCAUUUAACAGGUUGCAUUAUAAGCAGAUGGCACAAGCUGCUUUCAAUUUAAAAAUGCGAGAGGCAUUCGCAGGAAGAACGGAAUAUCCCAAAAUUCGAACAUUUGAUGGCAGAGAGCACAGCACCAACAGUGUGGAUCAGGAUCUUAAAGAGGCUAGUAAAUGGACAGAUAUUCAAGGAAAUGUGGAUAUUGGAGAUUUGACUUGGGAGCAGAAGGAGAAAGUCUUACGAUUGCUUUUUGCAAAAAUGAAUGGUUUUGGUCCCAGGAAAUAUAAUCAGAGCUCUAGACCUCCAGGUUCAGAAUAUGUUGUUCCAGACAGUGGACAAACAGAGGAAUUUGGGGAUGAAAGUAAGCUUCAAGAUCAGACGUUCAUCACCCAGCAAGUACCAAUCUCAGACUCUUCUCAUGAACUGGUAAUAUCCAAUAUUCAGAAAGGAUCACAUGAGUCUGACAUGGUAAGGAGUCUGUAAUCUAACCAAACAAUACAUGUAACUGUUACCUUUCCCCGUGAGCUUCUUGCUAAGUCACAGUUCUUUAGCUCUACUGUCUCAGGUAUCAGUGAAAUGAGUAUUAAUACUAGUAUGAGAUUGUGGACAUUUUUAUAACUAUCCACAUAAGGAAGGCAUAUACUUAAUGCAAAUGCAUGUUUUGCCUCUUAGUGUUGAAAACAUAUAAAUUGCCUUUUGAAAUCCGCAGCCUAGCCAAAAUAUGUACUAUCUUUUAUGUAAGAAUUAAAACAUAAUGACCCAUUUAACUCUUGGCUUUGGACAGAGGUGGGAAGUCUAAGUCACUACAGGUAGGGGACAGAGGCCUCACUGGUAUAAGUAAGUAUGGCACCAUUUUUUUUAAAGUCAGAUUUUCUUUUUAAGAGCUUUUUAUUUGUGCUUGUUAUUCAUAAUUAAUACAAUGUAAAAUCAGAGAAUGAGGCCACAUCAGAGCAAAAUGAAAACAAAACACUCAUUUUUUUAGCUGCUACUAGCAUAAACAACUGUACAAUUAUUUUUUCUAUCUAAGAAAUAAGUAACUUCUGAGUAGCAAGUAACUAACCAAAUAAAUUGAUUCCAAUUACAGGAACACAAUUAUUCUUUUUUUAAAAAUAUUGAAACAUCUUCUAAUUUAAUUAUACCUGCCAUUUUCAUGAUUCUGAUUAGUAUUUUUUAAAAUAUAUUUUUAUUGAUUUCAUAGAGGAAGGGAGAAACGUCAAUGAUAAGAGAGAAUCAUUGAUUGGCUGUCUCCUGAUUAGUAUUAUUUAAAAAGUGAUUUCCGUUAAAUGGAAGGAAAAUUUAGGAGUCUCUGUGACUCAAUUCCACUUGGAAUUUAGAGAGUAUGACCUUUUAUUCAAUCCAGCCUCUAGUUGUUGGAUUGGAUUAAAUAUCACUAUCAGUUGCCAGCUGUGAUAAGAGAUAAAACAAGGGACAUUCUAUAAAUUUCUACUGCCUCAUCUUUAGGAAGG